AUGAGCAAUCAAUCUCGCCGCGAUCCGAGGGACCUAGGCAACAUGGCACCCAGCCAAUCCGCCGUUUACGGCUAUCACGACGCAAGAUCUCAACAACCUAGAUCUGGUGGCCCAGGCACACAGCAAGUGCCUCCUACUUCGCAGGCGUUCAUGACAUCGCACUGGACCAACCCCGCGCUCGCCGCGCAGUAUUACGAAUACGUCCCACCCACUGCCCAGAGUCCCUUCUCCAACCACACCNCCUAUCAAAACAUGCAGUCAUUGACUCCUGUUUCCUUCGGUAACCCCAGCUACCAGGCACCACUCGACCCUGCAGCGCAGAUGCUCCAGAACUGGUCGAUGGCACAGUCUGGCUAUGCUUUUCCAGGACAACACCCUGUGCAGCAGACUNGUAAUGCAGUAUGCCCUUUCCAGCAGACUGCUUUCGAGCAGGCUCCUGUUCAGCAAGCUACAAUAAAGUCGCAAACUGAUGUCAAGCAAGACCUUGAAGCCGUCGACGUGUACUCUGGCAACUACGUCGACUUCAACAUGGAAGACGACCCGAGUGCGCAGCUCAUGGCGGAGCUGAACCAAGACAUCCCCGAGACUGCGCACUCCGCCACUCCACCAGCUCACCGGUCUCCUGAAGUGGGCGACCACAAGUAUCAGGAUAUGAACCAAGGCUGGGGCAAUACUACGGUCGACGGUAUUGAGUUUGACCUGAGUGACUCGAUAUUCCCCGUCCCUCAGACCUCUCACAGCGCCGAAUACGAGACUUCCAGAAGCUUUGAGAAUGAGCAUCACACCAGCGAAGCUGAGAAGGUUCAGGAGAGCCAGCUUUCACAGCAGGUUGACCAAGUUGUUGCUAGCUUGAACGAUGAGGAAAUGCACACUGUCGACUUUGAGGAGCAGACUGUCAUCAGACGCACCGGCGCAAAUGUCUCUGCUAAUCAGGACAACAACGUCGAUGUUUACUCUAAGGAUCACGUCGAGGACUCCGCUAACGAAAGAGAAGGCUCGACCCCUCUCAAGGGCAUGGAGCAGCGCGAAAACUCCACUCCUGGACCAGUCGAAAACUCCGGCCAUGUCUCUGAGACUCAUGUCGACGAAGAAAACGUCAUGCAGGAUGACCCUCCCCAAGAGCUUGAUAUUGAAGACAAAGACGCCCAAGACGAUAUUUCCGACCACGAUUCAGAGGUAGAAACUUCUGGCACAGAAGACGCCAUGGAGAACGAUGUCGCCGAAGACGAGGACGCAAAUGCCAUUGUUUCCGACGCCGAAUCAUCCUCUGCUCAGGAGAUUCACGACUCUGUUGUCGAGGAUGCUGGUGCUAAGGACUCGCCUCAAGUCGAGUUCGAAGGCUACAUGCUUACUAAAAGCCGCCUCAAGACCAUCAAGAAACACAUCGCAAAGAAGGAAGACAAGGAACUUCACCACAAGGCAUUCAAGCUGCAGCCCCACAUACUUCCUGCCCAUCGCUAUUGGGUCGCCAUACUCAUGCACAAGGUGCAGCCUCAGAAGGCCAAGGUCGAGAAGGACUUUGUUUGGCUCAAGGGAUCCAAGGUAAAUCNNAACACAGUCGAGACUAUGUGGAACAAGUACCGUGAGGUGACCACCGAAGAACAGCACCAGAUUCUCUUCUGCGGCAGAGUUCCAAGUUUCGCCAACACGCUUGAGGAGUUGGACAGAUUCGGUGACAAGUUGAUCGUCUUCCGCGCUGCUAAGCAGGAGGUCAUUGUCAUCGACUGA